AUGCUUCCAAUCUUCAUCCUUCUCUUAGCCUCUUCCCUUCUUAUCCAUGAUGCCACUGCUCAAUAUUAUCCUUAUGGAAUGGGCGGAUAUGGUGGUUAUGGUGGCUAUGGUGGAAUGCCUUAUGGAAUGUACGGUGGAUAUGGUGGCAUGCCUUACGGUGGAUACGGAGGAUAUGGUGGAUAUGGUGGAUAUGGAGGCAGCCCCAUUUCCGGAGCCUUACGAGGAGCAGUCGCAGGAGCUAUGAUGGGUGCAAUGAUGGGCAAGAAAUAA